CCACUUAUUAAUUAGUUGACAUUACAAAAGAGAGUGCAGUGCAAAACAUGUGGACUUCGCGUCUUCUGCUACAAUUCUUUUGGGCCUUGGGCACCAUAUUGACGUUGGCUCGAGGUUUUGAAAUGAAUAUGACGCAGUAUUAUGAGAUGCCGGACCUCUACGAUCUGGACGACUACGAUCGCUGCCUUCAGGAGUUUAGCCACAGCCAGCCAACCUAUUGCUUCGUGCGCGCCGAGGUGCAACCAAAUGAGAAGGCACCGGCUUGGCGGGCUAUAGUCGACAUAUCCAAAUACAAUCGACACCACUUCGACCAUCGCCACCUGUACUUUGGUAUCUGUGUGCAUGCCUGUGAGACGGCGCUCGAUGAUUUGAACGCCAAUGAGACGCAGACCCUCUACGAAGGCACACUGAGUGACAACGAGAAGGUGAACGUGUAUUUGGAAUUAUUCUCAGCCGAGGCGAGCAACCGGGCUCGUUACCAACGCCUGACCAAUAUCUGCAUUAACUGGCGACUAAAGCAACGGGGAUUUGGAGUACGAGCCAAGAGCGUGGUGGAAUAUUGCGACCAGGCUGAGAAAGUUGUCGAGGACGAUGCCUGGAACCUGACAUUCUUUGCGGUACUUGGUGGACUCGUGCUCCUAACGAUUAUGAGCAGCUUAGUCGAUUUGCAUUUGAAGCGUCAGCGUCAUGACAAAAUGUUAAAGGAACGCGAUCAUUAUAAGACACCGCCCAAGAGUCGCGUACAGCAGGUGUUCCUCAUCUUUUCGCUGGCACGCAAUUGGUAUCGUUUGAAUCAGGAGCCCAAUGGCAAGAUUGGACGUGAGCUGCGUUUUCUCGACUGCUUCAAGUUCUUCGCCAUGUUCUUGGUAAUCUUUGCGCACACCAAUUGGGUGAUCUAUGAGAGUGCGAUCAGUAAUCCGCAGGAUCCAGAGCGAAUGCUGCACACGGUUGCUGGUACGCUUCUUAUUUCGGGUUCCCUCAUCACCGUCACCUUCUUUGUCAUCAGUGGAUUGCUUCUGACCAUCAAUUGGUUGGCUGUGGCCAGACUGCAGAAGAAAACCUUGAGCUUGCUGCAAUAUUGCGUGCUAUUUGUCAAGUUCAACGUAUUCCGAUAUAUCAGACUGACGCUGCCAUAUGGGUUCGUGUUACUUCUAAGCGGUGUCUAUUUUGAAAAUGCCGGUGGGCCAUUGUGGCGACACAUUUACGAACGAGAGCAGUUGGCCUGUCGCAAGAAUUGGUGGAUUAAUUUGCUAUACUUUAACAACUUUAUACGCACCAAUGAACGGUGUAUGUUGCAAGGCUGGUAUUUGGCCUCCGACACACACUCCUUCGUGCUGAGUUUGGUGCUGCUAAUGUUGGGUCACCGGUUUCCAAAGUGGCGUAAACAGCUUUAUGGCAGCGUUUUGGCCAUUUUUGUAGCCCUGCCUGCUAUACUGACCUACGCCUUGGACUACUAUCCCAUCUUUCUGCCCACGCCACAAACCCAAAAGGACUCGUUCAUCGGCGACCGCCAGUUCAACGAAUUCUACACAUCAUUUCAAAUGAAUUUCGGUGCCUAUUUCUUUGGCGUUUUAGCCGCUCUGGUUUACGAUCAGCUGGCGCUUAAGCAGUACAAAUUAAGGGAGCUAUUGAGCUUCCAGGUGACGUGGUUCGCCCUCAUACCCGUUGGCAUUUUAUGGCUUUUCUCAGCACAUCCCAUCUAUCAGCAUUACUACUCAGAUUUGCCACUUCUUUGGGCCAGCAUCUAUGCGGCUCUGCAGCGAAAUCUCUGGGCCUUUGGUCUGGGCAUAUUUAUUGUGGGCAUGGCUGCAAAAGUGGGCUGGAUUCUGCGCAAAUUUGCCUGUCUACCAAUAUUUCGUAUAUUGGGUCGUCUGACAUAUGGCGCCUUUAUAGUGCAUCUGUUGGUUGCGCGUUUGGUUCUCAGCACCGUUCGGGAGCCCAUCUACUUUGGAACAGGCAUGAUGUUCUCCUACAUUUUCUUCACGGCGACCGUCUCGUAUCUUUGCUCGUUGGUACUGGCCCUAUUUUUGGAGCUACCGGUUUCAUCGUUUUUAAAAUUGCUGCGUUAAAUGGUA